GACGCCAUGGUGGAGCUGCCAGGACCCAAACAUGGCCCGGUCCAAAACCGGCUACUCUGGAUCGCCUCGACUGUGGGGUCAUCUCGAGACAAUCGAUGAGGAUAAUAGCGCUGUUCCGCCAUUGGAAUGCGCGGCCAGCGAACGUUGGUCCGAGGCACCUCCUCCUCGGGGAGGACAAGAAUGUAUAAAAGCUGGCUGCAUUCCUCGACUCUUUCAUCACCAUUCCAUCACUUUCCUCUGAAUCUUUAAACAAUAGCAAGGUCGUCCUAUCUUGCUAUCUUCCACUCCUCCACUAUCCUUCACAUCAACAUCAACUACCAAUCAUCCUAAUCAUGUCUGAUCCAAAGCCCCUCCGCAUCGUCAUGGCCUGCGACGAGGCCGGCCAGCCCUACAAGGAGACCCUCAAGGCGGCUCUCGAGAAGAACCCCUUGGUCGAGUCCAUCACAGACGUCGGUGUCAACUCGACUUCCGACAAGACAGCAUACCCUCAUCCCGCCGUCGCCGGUGCCAAACUGAUCAAGGAGGGCAAGGCAGACCGCGGUCUCUUCAUCUGCGGCACUGGCCUGGGUGUGGCCAUCUCCGCCAACAAGGUGCCCGGCAUCCGCGCCGUGACAGCACACGACUCUUUCUCCGUGGAGCGGUCGAUCCUCAGCAACGACGCGCAGGUGUUGUGUUUCGGACAGCGGGUGAUUGGCAUUGAGCUGGCCAAGAAGCUGGCCAACGAGUGGGUGACAUACCGGUUCGACCCGAAGAGUGCAUCAGCCGCCAAGGUGCAGGCGAUUUCCGACUAUGAGAAAGAGCUGGCGGGGACAGUCUAAUCUAGUGCACUAACCGAUGCAUUAAUACGAUAUUUCCUUCGAGCAAGCGAUUUGGUCGGACUGGCUCCGGGCCUUUUGGAUAAUCGACGAGUCAAGAUACCACGAGAGUGCGAUACCACAGAGUACGAACUGCAUGGCCGGCCCAUCAGACUGAACUUUGUACUUAGUCAUCUAUGCUCUGAAUACUAGUUAUCAUUUUAUCAUCCAAACAUUCCCCGUAGUUG